AACAACAAAAGUCAAUAAAAAACAUCCGCUAAUACUAACCGAAAUCAGUUAAAAAGGGCUAUUUUAUUCAAAAUUUCUCCUUCUCAAGCUACAAGUUAAGAGCCGAAUACCUCCAAAUUAAUGAAAAUAGGAAUAGCUAACUACGGCCAGUGUAUAAAAUUAUGUCAACAUGGAUCCUAACCUAAACAGUGAUAAAUCGUUUAGUUACAAAGAUCUGCUACUAAGAAAAUUAUCCUUAGCCGUAAUAUCCAGUGUGUUUUCUCAACUUAUCAUUUUACUGUUCUACGUGUCCUUCACCAACGUCAGCUUGUUGGAUCCGUUAGAAUGGCUCAGAAGGACUCUGCAAACGAUGACUUCGUUCAGCACAUGGAUCUUCUUGAUACCGUUUUUGGCAAUGAUAUUUGCCCAAAGUUCAAUAUGUGCCAAAGACUAUGUGGUAAAAGCAAGAUAUUAUUCGACUAGAUUUCAGAGAAUCGUUGCCACAUUCUCAGUGCAUAAUGAAGUAUUGUUGAUGCUGCAUGUUGUUGUUGGGGCCACUUUAACUUGGCUAUUUCUAUCUAUAUCAGGAGGCCAAUAUCAGAACUUGAUUGAAACUUGUGAUGAGCAGAAAUACUGCCUUAAUGAAGGUUCAUUUUUUCUUAUUUUGGGUGGAUUAUGGAUUGGAUUUCAUUUUUUUGUGAACGUUUACAUUGCAGAGAAGAAUUUGACAUUUCCUUGUGCCAGACAAAGAAAAUUUUUAGAGCUAAAAUCAAACUUGGGAAAAUUAACUAGAGAAUCUAUUGGCGCUUCAUUUUUGCCUUCAUUAUACUUUAGUGUUUUCUAUUAUUUCCAAGGUGCGUUUAUGAAAAAUAGUUUUAGAGAUACGUUUGGACUUUUAGAUUACCUGGAAGAACCACUAAUUUUUAUUUACUUAUAUUUGUGGUUCUUUAAUGCAUUGUAUUAUCUGAAUAUGAAUCUUAUGAGAUUCUACUUCAACUUAUUUCUAACAGAGCCUGUUCAAUUUUCACUAGACGGGCGCAAAUCUGGAAGUCUUACUUUAGAAGAAAGCAUGGCAAACUAUGAUUGGCCAAUAGUGCAAAACUUGGCAUGUUUGGAUUUCCAUUUAUUAGCCUUGAUGAUGCCUGAAAGAAGGAAAGUAUUUUUUCAAUUGUCCAAUCCUGGAGGACAUCCUUAUAAAUGGAAUUCUUUAGUAAAAACAAUAUUGAAACUUCUCAACGAAUACACUCAGUUGUUAAAAAAUACUAUUGAAGCUCCUGAAAUCAAGCCCCAAAUAAUUCAAGUACCCGCUUUUCAAAGCCCAGACAGAUUUAGAAAUUUCAGAAAUAUGUCUCUGGUUGAUUACGAUGUGGAUUGUGACUGUAUUACUAUUACAAGUAAGCCUACUGUAAAUAUUCCUGAAAUUUUAUUAUCGAAAAUAUCUGCAAAAAUCAACAUUGUCUGGAGCUACUUCAAGUCGAUGUUGGGAAUAAACUUUUGGUUUGGUGAACUACCUCAAGUUAAUAUUCAAAAAUGUUUUGCCAACGGAAGGUUAAUCAUAUGGACGUCACAAGGUAUCGCUAACAUGGUACAAGCAUCAUUGGAGGAAGACAAUUAUGGUAUUGUGCAAAAAGAUCUUGCCAAUGUUAUUACCAGUUUGGUGCAACUGAAACAGACCCUUGACAAGUUCAAUAAAGUGUCGACUUUUACAAAGAAUACUGUGGGGUGUGAUGAUUUCAGUUACAGGAUGAAAGGGGCCGUAACUAGUGCUGUAACCAAAAGUUUAUUCAAUAUUUGUAGGACCUUUAAUGACUUUUUGCAAGAUAUCAAUUUGAGAAAGGAGGAUCUUCAAUAUUUACAAGUGGAAAUUUGUAAGAAGUGAUUAUGUUUUUGACUGCUAUUAUUUAUUUUUAUUGUAAUUUUCUCUUGUUUAAGUAAUUUUUUAAAAAUAAUAAACUUGAAAUAAAUUUUUGUUGGGUUUUAUUUGUUGGUUGGAAAAAUAUUUGUAACUGUGGCAACUGACAAACAGCAGUGCAAAAGUGCAAGGGCAUUUAUUGGACUUGGAGCAGACUAUAAUAUUCCAUUUCCUUUUUUUUUUUCUCUUUCAGCUGUAAUUAUUAAGAUUGGGUUGAUGCAGUCAAACUAAUGAAAUACUUCUUUGCAUUCAAAUAAUAAACUAAUAAUGCAACAAAACAAGUACUUAACAAAUUUGUGUAAAAAUCUUGCUAGCGGUUUGUUUCAACAAAGUGCAAAAUGUUCGAGUGCACCUGAGACUACAGUGCAGACGCGUCGAAAAGAAAUUAUGGCCAGAGGAUUACCCAAGCAAAGACCCAUUGACGGAGUCAAAAACAUUGUUCUAGUGUCUUCUGGAAAAGGAGGUGUUGGCAAAUCAACCACAGCAGUAAAUUUGGCUACAGGCUUAAAACUCUUCCAUCCAGAAAAACGAGUUGGUCUUUUGGAUACAGACAUCUUUGGUCCCACGGUACCGCUUAUGAUGAAUCUUCGUGACACACCAUUUCUCAGUGAUAAGAAUCUCAUGGAACCUCUAGUUAAUUAUGGCGUCAAAUGUAUGUCAUUUGGCUUCCUCAUUGAAGAAGGUGCUCCAGUUAUCUGGCGUGGACUUAUGGUUAUGCAAGCUUUAGAAAAACUAAUGAGGCAAGUGGAUUGGGGCACUAUUGACUACUUAAUUGUUGAUACUCCUCCAGGUACAGGAGACACUCAUUUGAGUCUAGUACAAAACUUACCUAUAGAUGGGAUUGUUCUGGUAACUACACCCCAAACGGCAGCUCUACAGGUCACAAAAAGAGGCGCAAUAAUGUACAACACGCUGAAAAUUCCUAUAAUCGGUCUUUUUGAAAAUAUGAGCGCUGUAACUUGUCCCUCCUGUUCUAGUGACAUUCACAUUUUUGGAGAUGGUACUCAAAAGUUAGCCAAAGAAUUGAAAAUUGAUAUUUUAGGAACUGUCCCGUUGAACGGCAGUAUAUCCGAUUCGGGUGAUAAGGGUGUUCCAGUGGUUUUGGAUAAAAAUAAUCAGCAGUCUGCAUUGUAUGAGACUUUGGCGGGAAAAGUUGUGAACUUUUUGGAAAAUAAGAGUGUUUAAUUUUCAUCAUUCGAAAUUUGUUUCGUAGUUUGUACAUACAUUUUAUCUUAUUUUUUACCUAGUUU